CAGGAUUACCAAAAGGCCGUGGUGGAUACUGAUAAGAUGGGGGACAAGCAACAUAAACAGCCUCUUGUUGAGGAGACAAAGGUGAAAGUGCUUUUUGAAACUCAAGCAUCGCUUGGGCCCGAUGACAAAGCUGAUCACCCUCUCACUGGGACCAACUCCAUCUAUUCUGCAAUCUUAAGCAGAAACGAGACCGUUAAGGAUGCCAAGCGUCUUAAGACUUUUUUGGAGCUGCGAGACAAAUACGUGCAAAAGAAAGUAUUGUUUGAAGACCCUCUGUUCCCUGCAAACGACUCCUCGCUCUUCUACAGUCACAAAUCUUCAAUGAAGUUGGAGUGGAAACGUCCCUCGGAAAUUUGUGAAAACCCCCAGUUCAUCGUGGAUGGAGCCAACAGGACAGACAUCUGUCAGGGAAAACUGGGUGACUGUUGGCUGCUUGCUGCCAUUGCCUGUCUGACUCUGAGUGAGAAACUGCUGUACAGAGUGAUUCCCCCAGAUCAGAGCUUCACUGAAAACUAUGCCGGCAUCUUCCAUUUCCAGUUCUGGCGUUAUGGCGAAUGGAUCGAUGUGGUUGUGGACGACCGCAUCCCCACCUGCAAAAACCAGCUGGUGUUUACCAAAUCCUUCCGAGAGAAUGAGUUCUGGAGUGCUCUAUUGGAAAAAGCUUAUGCCAAGUUGCACGGGUCUUAUGAGGCACUGAAAGGAGGUAACACUUUAGAUGCCAUGGAGGAUUUCACAGGAGGACUUACCGAGUUCUUCGAGCUGUCUGAGGCACCCAAGGAGCUCUUCAAGAUCAUGAAGAAGGCCCUUCAGAGAGGUUCCCUGAUGGGCUGCUCCAUCGAUAUUUCUUCAGCAAGUGAAAUGGAGACUCGGACUGAGCAGGGGCUGGUCCGUGGUCAUGCCUACUCCAUCAUAGGCCUGGAGGAGUGUGACGAGGUUGCAAAGAACACUAGAAUUCGUCUGAUUCGCUUGCGCAAUCCCUGGGGUUGGGUGCUCUGGAAAGGACCCUGGAGUGCAAAUUCAGAACAAUGGUCCACCAUUUCCAUCGCCGACAAGGACAACUUAAAAAAACAGACUGUGGAGACAAGUGAGUUCUGGAUGUCCUUUGAUGAUUUUAAGAAGAACUUCACUAAGUUAGAGAUGUGUAACCUCACCCCUGACACGCUGCAGGGUGAUGAAAGGAACAGCUGGUCGGUGUCGGUGAAUGAGGGUCGCUGGGUGAGAGGCAGCUCUGCCGGUGGCUGCAGGAAUUUCCCAGACACCUUCUGGACGAACCCUCAGUAUCGACUGCAACUGUAUGAAGAGGAUGACGACCCAGAGGAUGAGCGGGUGGCCUGCACCGUCGUCGUGGCUCUGAUGCAGAAAGGUCGGAGGAUGCAGCGCCAUCAAGGGGCCAGAUUCCUCACCAUUGGAUUUUCCAUCUAUGAGGUGCCAAAGGAGAUGUGUGGACAGAAUAAGCAUCUGCAGAAGGACUUCUUCUUGUAUACGGCCUCCAAGGCCAAAUGCAAGACUUACAUCAACCUGCGGGAGGUAACGGAGCGUUUCCGUCUUCCUCCAGGAGAGUACGUCAUUAUCCCCACGACCUUUGAACACCAUCAAGAGGGGGAGUUCAUUCUCAGGGUCUUUUCUGAGAAGAGGAGUACGUCUGAGGAGGCAGAGAACAUAAUCGAGCCAGGUCAAAUACAGCCUAUUGUAUUUGUGUCAGACAGAGCACGCGCCAACAAAGAAAUUGAGCAUGACGGCAUUCGAGGAGAAAAGAGGAAGAAACCAAAGAAAAAACACUUUGAACCCGAGGAGGAAACAGAAGAGGAAAAGCAAUUCAGGGCCAUUUACGAACAGAUAUCUGGUGAGGACAUGCAGGUCUGUGCCAGUGAACUCAAAACAAUCAUGAAGAACGUGUUCUCCAAACAUAAUGAAAUAAAGACAGAGGGUUUUAGCCUGGAGACGUGUCGGAGUAUUAUCGCCUUGAUGGAUACUGAUGGGACCGGAAAACUGAAUCUGCAGGAGUUCAAACACUUGUGGAAAAAGAUUAAAGCGUGGCAGCUGAUCUUCAAACGUUAUGAUCAAGACAAAUCCAGCUCCAUCUGUAGUUUUGAAAUGAGGAAUGCUGUUAAUGAUGCAGGCUUUCACCUCAACAAACAGUUAUAUGACAUCAUAGCCAUGCGCUAUGCAGACGAACACCUAAACAUCGACUUUGACAGUUACAUCUGCUGUUUCGUAAGACUAGAGGGCAUGUUCAGGGCUUUCAAUGCCUUUGACAACGAUGGAGAUGGAAUUAUCAAGCUCAAUGUCCUGGAGUGGCUUCAGCUGACCAUGUAUUCUUAGUCACCUUCUUGGCCCCUGACAUAUCUGACAGUUGGUGCUGGAGUUCAAGAAACCAAAGUUUUCAUGUCUCCCUGGUCAGCUUCUUACUUCUCUGUAAUGAGCCCAAAUUUGCACAGAUUUUGUGAUUUUAACAAAAUCAGACUUCUCUGGUUUUACAUGAUAAUGAGAUUGUUUUUCCUAACUAAACAUACAAUGGUUUAGAUUUAAUCUUAAUGUUGUUUAAGCUUGUUUUAACAGACAGCCUAACAACAAUAAAGCUGAU